CUGAAUCAUUUUCAGUCAACUAAACAAUUAUUAUAACAGUUCUUCAUAUGGUCAUUUGUUUAAUCUAUUUUGAUUUAUCCCAGCAGUGACAUUGUUUUUCUUUAAAAAGUCGGUUUAUUACUACGAAAAAAUUAAUGAUAACUAAAAUGCGACAAUCAAAUCGAAAAUAAUCACAAUCCUACAAUGGAUGAUGCACAUGUCAGUACAUCAGAUGAUUCUGAAAUUACUUUGGACAAUGCAAAACAACCCAACUGGUUGAUAAGAAAUGAAAAUAAGAAUAAUAAUACAAGUGUAAUACAAUUAUCAGAAAGACAAAAUCAUAUACGUAAACGCUUACCUGGUGAAAAUUAUACAAACUUACAAACUAAUACACCAUUACUGUAUAAUAAUAAUUCAUCGAAUGCCUAUGCUUAUCAUAAAGACGAAAAUAAUGUAGACAAAAGAGUGCAACAAAAGUUGAAUCCACUCAGCACCACGCUGUUACCAUCAUCCACAUCCACGUCGCCAUCACCAUCACCAAUGGAUACAACCGCCAUUCUGCAUAAAUCAAAAUGGAAAAGUACCUCAUUCUAUUUUAAUCCCUCUGGACGGAUUGUUUAUUCAUGGUGUGGUGUUAUCAGUGUGGUGUUCAUGUAUCAUUUAUGGGUUAUUAUGUAUAGAUUUGCAUUCAAUGAAAUCAAUCAACAAACUGUUAUCUUUUGGUUCACACUGGAUUAUUUUGCUGACCUAUUGUAUCUUAUUGAUAUGACUAUAUCACUAAGAACUGGUUUCUUAGAAGAUGGUGUUAUGCAAUUCGAUGGUGUGAAAAUGCGUUCCCAUUACUUGAAUUCAUCACGUUUCUAUAUUGACUGUCUUAGUUUACUACCGUUGGAUUUCUUAUAUUUAUCUAUCGGAUUCAAAUCUAUCCUAAGGAUAUUUCGAUUGUGUAAGGUGUAUAAAUUUUGGCAGUUUAUGGAUAGAGCUGAACGACACGCAAAUUAUCCUAAUCUAAUGCGAUCAACUAAACUCCUUUUGUAUUAUUUAACUUUUUUACAUUGGAAUGCAUGUAUUUUCCAGUUGUUCAACUCGACCGCUGAAAGUGUUUUCAUGCUGACUGUUGCACCGAAUUCACCGAAUUCAGGUGGAACGACAACAGCGUCAACAAGUACACAAACUACAAGUUUAGGUACAGGAAGUCAUAUUUCACAUAAUACUACUACUAGUAGUACAAAUAAUCGUAACAGUAAUAGUAAUCAUAGUACUGUCCAUAAUAAUCAUGGAAAUCUUACCGACAGUGGCAUGAACAAUAGCACUUCAUUACUACGCACAGGAGAUCAUUCUAUGAAUAGUGUAAAUAAUGCAGGAGGAUUUCUGAUAACAACAGGAUCUCCCACUGGUGCAUCUGCAACACUAGGAUAUGUUAACAGUAACAUGAUACCUCUUACUUCAACUACACUGCAAGGAACACAUUUAUUCCGUGAAAUACAAUCAUCUACAGAUAAUCAUGGAGAAUAUGAAUAUUUACAUGCAUUUUAUUGGAGUAUGUUAAGUUUAUUCCCUGUUGGUGGAUUUCCUACGCCUAACUGUCCUGUAGCCUACUUUUAUUUAAUAUGUGAAGGUGUAAUUGGCAUGUUUUUAAUGGCUACUGUACUUGGACAUGUAAGCAAUAUUGUAACAAAUGUUAGUACUGCACAAAAAGAAUUUCAAGCUCGACUUGACAGUGUUAAAAAUUAUAUGACAUUAAGAAGAGUUCCAGCUGCUCUACAAGAACGUGUUAUCAACUGGUUUGAUUUUUUAUGGUAUACAAAUAAAAUUACUGAUGAAGACAAAGUUCUACAAAACUUGCCGUAUAAAUUAAAAGCAGAAAUAGCUAUCCAUGUACAUUUGAAUACAUUAAAACAAGUGGAAAUAUUUCAAGAUACAGAAGAAGGCUUUUUAUCGGAAUUAGUAUUAAAACUACGAGUUGUAUUAUUUGCUCCAGGAGAUUAUGUAUGUCGUAAAGGUGAAAUCGGUAAACAGAUGUAUAUUGUUAAUCGUGGUAAAUUACACGUCCUAGGAGAUGAUGGACAAACAGUCUUAGCUACGCUACAUGCUGGAAGUUAUUUCGGGGAACUGUCUAUCCUAAAUUUAGGCAAUAAUGGUAAUCGACGUACAGCAUCAGUACGUUCUCUUGGAUAUUCUGAUUUAUUCUGUCUAUCUAAAUCUGAUCUUUGGGAAGUUCUCAAGGAAUAUCCAAAUGCUAGAAGUAAACUUGAAGCUGAUGCAUAUAAAAAAAUGAAUCAAUAUCAAAAUAUUCCACAACAAAAUACCAGAGAUUUUCCAACUAAAUCUCUCCCAUAUGAAAGAAAAAACUUGAAUAUAUCAAGUACAUUGAACUAUCCUAGUUGUACUUCUGUGACUUUUGAAAACAUCCUUACAAAUACUGCUCAUCCAACAGGCAAUCAAAUUAACCAGUCUCAUUUGUACAUGAAUUCAAAUCACGAUUGUUUACUGCGUGUUUCUAAUAGCGAUGGAUCAGAUGGUUAUGGAAGUGAUCCAAGCCGUUGUUCAGCUUUUCUGUCUACACCACAAAGAUCCCCUACUCCACCAGCUAUUUUAUGUACGAAUAAUAAUCCUGAUAACAGCAAUAUUAUAACAUCAAAUCAUUCAACAUGUCCGCUGUCUAAUUUUACAGUCCCUAAUAAUAUAAUCAAUCACAAUCAAUCUGCAUAUUUUGAUAUUCAUGAAAAUCGAUCUAGUUCACCGACUAUAGCAGUGAGUAGUGUACCAGGAAAUAGUAUUCCAUGUCAUUCGAAUGAAAAUCAACAAGUUCUCAAUACUUCAGCAUCUGAAUCCCAUCAGUAUUCAUGGUUGAAAUCCUGUCCGCCUAAUUCAGUUCCUCUCGGCAAACAACGUAAUCUGUCAAUGCCCACAGAUUUAUUCCAUGUGGCUAAAAAUACUUCCCGCUCAAACAGCAACCAACUUAGAGGGCCUCCUAAUAUGAAAUCUCCACAGAAUCCAUCACAUAACUUUUAUUCUAAUCAGUCGAAAGGAGUGGAAAAUGACAAUCUAUAUCAUAAAUAUUAUAAUUCCAAUUAUCCAAUGAAGGAAGAACAUCCAAGCGUUGUCAACACAAAUCAUUUAAACUAUGAUAAUACAAUGAAUGGACAAAGAGUUAUCCCAGUUAUAUGCUUUGAAAAAGCCUCUACACCAUCUGUAUCAGAAGCAACAGUCUCAGAAGAUGAACAAGAAUUUCCAACUGUUUAUGAACAACACAACAGACAGCUGACAUCACCAAAUCUAAUUAAAUUUCCAACAUCCUCAUCAACCUCUACAUCUUCACCAAUGUCAUUGACAACGCUAGAAAAAAAUUGUAUUCACUUGAAACUUCCAAAGCAUAAAACUUCUAAUUGGAUAGCUAAAAGACCACCAUGGCCUUACAAUAAAGCUUGUUCAUCGUAUCAUUAUAAAUCGCAUGGAUUAUUUAAAACAGGACAUCAUUCUUAUACUCCGCCUGUAGAUAAUACAACGUCUACAUUUAUAUGUCAGUGUAAAACUAAUAAUAAUAAUAAUAAUAAUAAACAAAAUAGUCAAGAAUUGAUUGAACACUUGAACCAAUUGAAUUAUCGAAUAAAUAAAUUAGAAAAUGAAAAUUUCGCCUUACAAAAUUGUCUAUUGAAUCAAUCUGCUUCAAGUCAACAGUUACAUCCACCGUCAACAUCACCAUUGUUGCAUCAUAAACAAUCCUUUCCAGUAAAUUUAACACGUAAGCAUAGUUUACCAGUUAAACCGUUGAGUAGCUAUCAGCAUAUUCAAGGAGAUCAAACAUCACCGCCUACCACAUCACCAAGUAUAGUGAUCAGUGAAAAUUCAGUCGGUGAGUAUAGAAAUUUGAAAGAGAUCAGAGUUAAAAAAUCUCAGUCUAAUAUGCCUAAAAGACAAGAAAACGGUGAAGAUGUGAAUGGAGACAAUUUACCCGGGAAACAAAAUACAGGAGAUGACAAUUCACCCGUAUUUACUUUGGAUUAACUUAGACUUUUGAAUUUUUGUAAAAAUGUAUUACAUAAAGCACUCAUACAUUGCAAGAGGAAGUGUAAUCAACUCCUUGAAGUCUAACCUCCAUAUAUUUUGUUCUUGUACAAUAUGGAAAUCAAUAUGAGUGUAUACUGAAAGCCAUGGGAGUACAGGAAACACUGACCAAUUCACAUUUCCCUUAUUCUCCUUUUAUUCAACCAAACACUGACAUGCUAGAAGGGGGUUUCAAACAGUGUAUGUAUGACUAAUGUUUACCACGCAUGUAUCACUGCAAUGAAUAACCUGUCU